AUGGUCCCGGGAUCAGCAUCGACGGAGGCUGUUAGAAAAUUCGGCGAAAGCGUCAGUGUGCCAUUCAGGCCCUAUAUCAGUGCAAAUGCAUCGAAUGGCAUCACUGUCAGCGGGCUGCCUCUGGCUCUUACUAAACUUAUACAGUCCGAAAUGUUCUGCGGUCUACGACACAAGAAGAUCCCUAUUUACGGACCGUAUCACGCAAUACAUUUGUAUUCCGAGUUUUAUAUUGAUCGGAUUGUUGAUGAUCUGGCCACCAUUUCCACCGAACAAAGGGUUCUUGUGUUUUCGGAGACGUGGACAAAGGAAGUGCAGUGA